AUGAUUUGCCUUUUCAGUAAGCCGGUCACGGUACAGCAAAUAGUAGAAUAUUGUUGGCCUCCCCAAUCCUGUCUUCCUCACGGCGAAAAACCCGAAUGGCUCAUGAUACAAGAACAAAUCUCGGAGUAUUUGGGUGUCAAAUCCUUCAAGAGAAAAUAUCCAUCGAUAAAAAGGAGACAAGUCGAAAUGGAAGAAAGGAAUUACUUGCAGGAAAACGGUUUCGUUUCCGAAAACAUGUGCGACAUGGGUUUGACAGCCGUUUAUUCGGCCGACAUAAUUGAAAUUAUGUACAAUGAUUUUCCUCAUAAAUUUGACGAAUAUAGAAAAUAUACGAGAGAGAAAAAAGCCAAAGAGCAAAGAGCAUUGAGAGAAAAACAGGCUGCGGAAAGAGCAGACAUGGAUCCAUUGAAAGAAGCCAUAGAAUCGGCUCAAAGUUGGAACGCGGAAUUCAAUAAACUUCGAAGGGAAAAAAGAGCUUCUUGUUUUGAUCUCCAGACGUUUACCGUACAUUUUCCAGCGAAUCGUUUUAAAAAAAUAUCAUUGGGAAAACCGGGAAAUUAUCCCGUCGCACUCAUACCCGGACAGAAUACGGAUUAUUAUAAAAAGUACACGUCAAACGAGUUGAAAUAUUUUCCGCUCAACACUGUCGUUUACGGUCCUCUGAGACCUAACGAAAGACAUUUCACGCUACGGGGAGGAUCCGACGGAAGCCAAUCGGAAAUCGACGAUUCCAGUUCUUCGGACGAAUCGAGUUCAUCUUCGAGCGAGGAAACGCAAGAUUCGGAGGAAUCGAAUUCGACAAUCGAAGACGAAGGAAAUGGAGAAAAUGUCAAGGCGGAAAAAGAAAUCAUCGAAGAAAAGGAAGUGGUCGUGAUAAAGACGAUCAAAGACACGGGGGUGAUAAAAACACCAAAGGGUAGAGGAAGAGGAAAAAUUAUGUCGACGCCGACGGUGACGUCAUCAGAGCCUAAAAAAAGAUUGGGGAGACCCCCGAAAUUGAAAUUGGCGGCCAUCAAAUUGAAAAGAGUCGACGGAGAUGAUGGUUUGAUGCACGUGAAAGAAGAAAAACCGGAUGCGGGAAUGAGGAAUGGGUUUAAAAAAAAGGAUUAA